AUGCGUACCAUAUAUUGCAAUGUCGGAAGCUGAUGGAAAACUAUAAACAAAAACUAGACGAUUAUCUUUAGUUGAAAAAUUUUCUAUAAAGUGUAGUGCAGAUAAAUACUUAGAAAUCAUUUACACUGACUCUUACUGUAGUUAAAGCUUGUAUUCAAAGCGUACUUUCGUCAUAAAAUCUUCUUGAAAACUUGCUAUCUGUUUAGUUCACUGUUCCGACAAAAAUUAGAAAUUGGAUACAAUCAGGUCAUUAGAAGAAUUAUUUAAAAUAUGGAUAUGAAAGAAAACAAAGAUAUCAGUUGUUAUUUUAUUACAAAACAUUCUUGGAAAGGAAGGUAUAAAAGAAUAUUUUCUGUUGGUACACAUGGAAUCACAACUUACAAUCCAAAUUCUAUGGAAAUUACUAACCAAUGGCCAUACGAAGAGUUUAUCAGUAUUGUACCAAAUCCAAAAUGUGCUAAUCAUUCCGAAUUCGUAAUUACAAUGAAAAAGGGAGUAAAAAAGACUGAUACCAUGAAAUUUUCCACUGAUCAUCGUUCAGAUCUACUUACUGAUGCUUUGAAAUUCAGGAACAAAUUUGCUGAAAAAAAUCAUUCGAUUAAGAGAUUUAAUGCUUAUAAGUUUCAUUGGAGUGAAAAAAGAGUUAAUGUUCUAUUGGAAGUAAACCAAGCUAGUUUGGAUCAAAUUCAUCCCAAUGGUAAAGUUAUUGGUUCUUAUAACUAUAAAGACAUGGAAGGCUUAACUCAGCUGUCUGAUUUUCCCGGUGGUUUGGCGAUAAUACACGAAGGAUGGAGCAGACUUCAUCUCUUUGCUCUGUCUGAGCGAGAAGAUUUGAUACGAUCAAUUCAAGAAGCAGCAACGUCUUGCAUAGGAAUUUCUAUAAAACUUCGCAAAGAUCCAAUUACCCUUGAUCAAUUUCAAACUCAUAGAUUAGGAAAAUACGGAACUGAUGAAGCACUAACUUCAUGUUCCGAGUUUAUGGUUUAUAAACAUUCUGUUAGACAUCAAGAACCGGUGAGAAGAAAUCUAUGUAUUACUGAAACGUGCCUAGUAGAAAGAGACCCUGCAUCUUAUAUAGUAUGCACAGUUAAGCCACUUUUGGAAAUCUUUGCUAUUAUUAGGAAUCCGGAAGACCCACAAAAAUUUUCAAUUGAAUAUGUUCGAGGAUCUGUCAGAACGUAUACGUCAACCGAUCGGGAUUCUUUGAUAGCAAGUUUGAUGGAUGGCGUUAGAGCAUCAGGCAAUCGAGAUAUUUGCGUUCGAAUGACUUCAACUCUGAGAGGAUUGCGAUUGGGACCAUUCACAGUUCCCGUUGAUGAAGAAGUUGAGAGCCAACAUAUGAAAUUUAUUCAAACUCUUCCCGGUGGUAUGACAUUUUCAUCAGCUGUGGAUAGGUUUAACGCCAAUGUGUCAUAUUCGGGUUUAUUACAUGCGGUCACAGCCGAUGGUCUAUUUGCCGAAAAUAAAGAACGACUUAUAAACGGAGCCUUGAGUGCUUUAUUAGAUAAGGAAGGGGAUCAGAAUGUGAUAACUAAUUCACAACUGGAGGCGCAAUUUCAUGCCUUACGUCGUUUAGUAGCCUCAAAAGCUGGAUUUUUUGCUUUUACACAUUUGCCAAAAAUGAGGGAAAGAGUAGGAAUGAAAGUAGUCAAGGCGUUGAAACGAAAUAACGAGGGUGUUAGUCAUGCUGCUUUAGAUAUGAUGACUGCAUUAAUGCAGCCCAUGCACGAUGAUUUUGAUCUCAAGCAAGAGCAGCUAAAUAAAGCUUCUCUUAUGUCAUCUAAAAUGUUUCUUGAAAAUUUACUAGAAAUGUUCACUAAUCACAUUAUGAAAGGAACUGGCGCUCUAGUUAUCGCUGCAAUGUUAGAUUUUCUAACGUUUGCACUAUGCGCACCUUAUUCAGAGACAACUGAUGGAGCAUAUUUUGAUAGUUUGUUAGAAAUGGUAGCUGCUCAGGGACGAACUAUUUUCCGAUUGUUUCAACAUCCAAGUAUGGCGGUUGUAAAAGGCGCCGGCUUGGUUAUGAAAGCUCUUAUCGAAGAAGGUGAAGCCGAAAUAGCCGCUAAAAUGCAAGAUUUGGCUUUAGCUGAAGGUGCUCUUCCACGUCAUCUACAUUCGUCCAUGUUUACUCAAAGUGCUGAUUCGAGAAUGCUAACCGUUAGGCAAUUAAGCCGACAUCUAGUUGGUUUAUGGGUGACAGGAAAUCCUACAGCAAUGGCUUUACUAUCUCGAAUUUUACCUGCAGGAUUAAUGCUAUAUUUAGAUAGUGAGGACGAGGUUCCUGAAGAUGAUGAUAUUGAUAGAUUACACGUUCGAGAUAAUUUGAAGCAGGCUGAAGAAGAAGAAAAUCAACGUAAACGCAAAGUACAAUGGCGAAAAAUUGAAAAACAAAUUGAAAAUGUUUUACAACAUUGGAGAGCAAGAAUAGGCUUCGAAAGCAAACAAACUCCUUCAAAGGAAGACAAGCCAAUUGUGUUAAGGAGAAGGCGGCAAAGAAUCAAAUCAGAGGCAAAUUGGAAAAUGUUUUAUUAUCAAUUCUCCAAGGAUCAUGCAAAACCAAAUUUAAUAUGGAAUUUUAAGACACGAGAAGAAUUAAGAACAGCCCUAGAGGAUGAACUAAGAGCCUUCACGACUGAUAGGGAUCUGUCCGCUAAUAUAACUAUAUCGUGGAAUCAUCAAGAAUUUGAAGUACACUAUUCAUCAUUGAAUGAAGAAAUAAAAAUUGGCGAUUAUUACCUAAGAUUAUUGCUUGAGGAUGAGGAAACUGAACAAUAUAGUGCAAUAAAGAAAUCUAAUGAAUUUUUUAACGAUCUGUAUCAUCGAUUUUUACUCACCCCAAAAACUGCAAUGAAAUGUUUGUGCUUGCAAGCGUUAACCGUCGUUUACGGUCGUUGCUAUGAGGAAAUUGGAGCGUUCAACGAUACAAAAUACAUCGUAGCAAUGCUAGAUAGAUGCGUUGAUAGAAUGGAAAGAGAUAGGAUUUUACAAUUUCUCAAUAGGCUUAUAUAUAAUAAGACAAACGUGAAAGAAAUAAUCGACGCCAAUGGUAUUAAAAUUCUCGUGGACUUAUUAACUUUAGCUCAUUUGCAUACUUCUCGCGCAACUGUUCCUGCUCAAUCGAAUGUUAUUGAAAGUGGCGAUAUGAAAAGGGAAUCUGCUAAGGAAUGGUAUUAUGGUAAUAAAGAUAAAGAGCGUUUAGGUCCUUAUAGUUAUGAAGAGAUGCAAAAAUUCUAUAAGGAGGGCCACCUAGUUGCUAAAACUCGAUGCUGGGCUCAAGGUAUGGACGGUUGGCGGCCCCUACAUUCGAUUCCUCAAUUAAAAUGGGGACUACUUGCUACGGGACAAGCAGUACUAAAUGAAACAGAUUUAUCGACAUUAGUUCUGAACAUGCUAAUCAGAAUGUGCGAAUUUUACCCCAGUAGAGAUUCAGAUGAUUCUGUUGUUAGACCAAUUCCUAAAGUUAAGAAAAUUCUUUCUGAACCUACCUGCUUACCUCAUAUCGUUCAACUGCUGCUAACUUUUGAUCCUGUUUUGGUAGAAAAAGUUUCUACUCUAUUAUACGAUGUUAUUCAGGAUAACCCGACAAUUUCUAGAUUAUAUCUAACUGGUGUUUUCUUCUUUAUUAUGAUGUAUACUGGCAGUAACGUUUUACCAGUGGCUAAAUUUCUUAAAUACACUCAUCUACGCCAGGCACUUCGAUCUGAUGAUUCAAAAUCAUCGGAUAUUAUGCAAAGGUCUGUUAUGGGUCACCUACUUCCUGAGGCAAUGGUUUGCUAUUUAGAGAACUACGAACCUGAAAAAUUUGCAGAAAUUUUCCUUGGAGAAUUUGAUACUCCAGAGGCUAUAUGGUCUAAUGAGAUGCGCCGAUUGAUGAUAGAGAAAAUUGCCUCCCAUUUAGCCGAUUUCACCCCCAGACUACAAAGCAACACGCGCGCACUUUAUCAAUAUUGUCCAAUUCCAGUUAUUACAUUCCCACAAUUAGAAAGCGAAUUAUUCUGCAAUAUAUAUUACUUGAGGCAUUUAUGUGAUAUAAGCAAAUUUGCUGAUUGGCCAAUUAAGAAUCCAGUCAAGUUAUUAAAAGACAUUUUGGAAGCAUGGAAAACGGAAGUUGAAAAGAAACCACCAACAAUGUCGAUUGACGAUGCUUAUAGAGUUUUGAAUUUGCCCACUGGACAAAGCCAUGAAGAGUCUGCUGUUAGAAAAGCAUACUUCAAGUUAGCUCAAAAAUACCAUCCAGAUAAGAAUCCUGACGGAAGAGAUAUGUUCGAAAAAGUUAACUCAGCGUAUGAAUUUGUAUGUUCAAAGAACAAAAUUUGUGACGGACCUGAUCCUCAGAAUCUAGUUCUCAUUCUUAAAGCUCAGAGUAUUUUAUUCAGUCGCUAUAAAGCCGUCUUACAGCCUUAUAAGUACGCUGGUUAUCCGAUGCUUAUUAAAACUGUACAAAUGGAAACAGAUGACGAUGGUCUCUUCUCUAAGGCUGCUCCUCUUUUGGCCGCUGCUGCUGAAUUGUGCCAUCAUACUGUUGCUUGUUCUGCUUUGAAUGCAGAAGAAUUACGAAGAGAAAAAGGAUUAGAAACUUUACAAUUAGCUUUUUCAAGAUGCGCUGGAGUUCUUUCAAAAAGUUCAAAAGAGGAGGAUAUGGGCGUUCAAGUUUGUGGCCAUGUCAUGCAAUGUUAUUCGGUUGCUAGUCAAUUUGAACAUUGUAGAGAGAGAUUACAGGAACUUACUGAUGUCGUCAGAGACAUUUGCAGGUGUUUAUAUUACAAGCAAAUUCCAAGAUUAUCUAUUACUGCUACAGAAUGUGUAGCAGCAUUUUCUUGUGAUUUAUGGCUUCAAACACAUCUGCAUCAAUCUGGGGUUUUAUGGCACCUUCUACUGAAUCUCUUUAACUACGACUUUACAUUGGAUGAAGGUGGUGUUGAAAAAUCUGGUGAAUCAAACCAACAAGAAAUAUCUAACCGCCUUGCUAGAUUAUCAUUGUAUGCGUGCGCGAGAUUAGGAGGAUAUUUGAAAACGGAAGAAGAGGAGACGCCAGAAAAUCCGGGAGUCAGAAAAUCUUUGAUAGCGCUACUAACUCCAUAUGUUGCUAAACAAUUAGCUAAGAAAGAUGAAGUAAACGAUGUCUUGAAGAUGUUAAAUUGCAAUUCUGAAAAUCCUUAUCUAAUUUGGGAUAAUAGUACAAGAAUUGAAUUAAACGCUUAUUUGGAAGAGCAACAAACAAACCAUAUUAGAAGAGGCGAAAGUGAUCCAGAUUUCGGUGGAACAUUCGUAUUUACUGCACACGAGAAAGAGUUGAUAAUUGGAGAUAUUUUCGUCCGAGUAUACAAUGAACAACCGAAUUUCCCACUAGAGAAUCCGAAAGGCUUUACGCUGGAUACUCUGGGUUUUAUUGGUUCUCAUGCGCAAUACAUUCAUAGUUUAAUGACAUUAAAUCCUCAAGAACGUCAUGCAAGAAUUAAUGUUACAAGAACAAAGCAUUGCGAAAUGGCUCUCGAGGCGCUUAGGAACGUUUUAAGAGCUAAUCCUGGAGUUGAGAUUCAAUGCAUUGGCCAUUUUAAACUUUUAUUUUCUUUAUUACGCUGUGAGGGCUGUGAAAAUUUGCAAAGACUUGCCCUAGAGGUAAUGUGUUGCGUCUCAGGCUGCCAAGAAUGCGUGGCUGAUAUCGCGGCUUCAAAUGUCAUUUCUUACCUUUUGAUGACGCUCAUUUCAAUCGAAAAUGCCAGAAGUUUAAGUUUAGAAGUGUUGUUUCCAUUAACAUCUUCAACGAAGUUACUGAAAGAAGCUAUGAACAAAGGAGCAUUAAUUUACUUGCUACAUCUAUUCUGCUCUGCUGCUAACGCUGAUGUCAGAAUUCAAACGGCAGGACUAUUUGCUAAAGUUCUCUCAGAUAAAUUGGUCGGACCAAGACUUCGAUUACUUUUAGCAAAAUUUCUCCCGCCUAUAUUCCUAGAUGCAAUGAGAGACAAUUCUGAAGCUGCUGUUCAUAUGUUCGAAAGCGUUCACGAAAACCCAGAACUCAUAUGGAAUGACGAAGGAAGAGAAAAAGUAUGUGGUGUUGUAGAGAGGAUGUGCUUAAAACAUUAUAGAUCUCAACGAGAAAAUCCAGAUACUAAAUGGAAUUUGCCAGAAGAUUUUGCAGUAGUUUAUUCUCAAAGUCAGGGAGAAGUAGUGAUAGGGGGUGUAUUCCUCCGACUAUUCGUAGCAAAUCCUGGAUGGGUUUUAAGAAAACCUCGAGAGUUUUUAACAGAGCUCUUAGAAAAAUGGUCGUCUCUGGUUGAUAAUAGUACGAAUCAUGGAGAAAUGUUAGAAACAAUUACCGACGCUUUGAAUGCUCUAUUUAGUGCUCAACCAACUAUGCUAGAUGUUUUACCUCAGCUAGGAGUUAUGCCCAAGUUCUUUAGAGCAAUGCGUUCAAAGGACACCGCAGUUAUUAAACAUUCCAUUGUUGUUGUGCAAAAGGUAACAUCGAGUACAGUUUGUGUGCAAAGUAUGUCGCAAAUCGAAUGUAUUGGAGCCAUUAAAGAAGCCAUGAUGAAACGACCUGACAUAAUAGGUUUAGCCUGUGAUGCCCUUCAUCUUCUCUUUCAAAGUGUUUAUGAUGAAUUGGUACAGCAGGCCCUCGACACGGAAAUGGUACAAUUUCUCGUUAAAUUAUUAGAAUCAAGAUUGGAACAAUGCGAAAAUCCGGCUGCAACGAAAGCUCAAGUUGUAAAGGCUUUAAAGGCAAUGCAAAACAGUCUAAAAUAUGGUGAACAAGUCGCAAAUAUUUUAGAGAAAUUCCCAGUAUGGAGAGAAUACAGGGAUCAGAAGCACGAUUUGUUCAUUACAGACAAAACCGUCAGUGGCUAUUUAACUGGAACCCCUGGAACUGUUGGUUAUUUAACAUCAGGAAAAUCUUCGAAUGUUCCAGAUGCUCCACCCCGUCUAACAUAAAACAAUGUGGUGAAUAUUCAUCUGCAGAGACAAUACUAAAACAAAUUAACUGCAUGUAAAUUGUAUAUGUAUAUGUGGAGUCAAUGGCCUUUUUGUAACAUAUGCAUACAACAUGUGCACAAAAUAAAAAAGAAGACGUUUACAUUUAUAUAUAUAUAUGUAUACUAACAUAUACAGUAUAUAUAUAAAUAUAUAUAUAUUUAAUAUUAAAUGAAAUUCUAUAUAUUUCAAAUAUGAACCAUUAGAAGAGAAAAAAAACAGUAUCGGUGCUUAGCUGGUUAUAUUUCGUUGCUUUCUUUUUUUUCAUUCACACUGCAUCACUAGGAGAUUUCCGAUUUAUUAUACAUUAUGUGGCAUAUAACAAGAUUCUACCUUACAUUAUUAACUUAAUAAAUAUAUUUGUUUUUUCGUUUUGCAAAAAAAAAAAGAAGGAUUCUAGAAUAUGUUAACAUGAAAAAUAAUUAAUGGAAGACAAUUAUUAUUAAUAAUAGAUAUAUGAAAAGUUAGGAUUAAAAUAUCUGUCAAAGUUGUUUUAUUAUAUACGACGCA